AUGUCGGCAGGAGACGGAGCUCCGAGCACGAUCAAGGGGCCGCGGAGCCCGGAGGAGGAUGAGCUGCAUCAGAGGCUCGUUAAUAGCCACGGCGCAAAGAAUUGGUCGCUGAUAAGCCAGACGAUUCCAGGGAGAUCGGGGAAAUCAUUUUGCCUUCGGUGGUGCAACCAGCUCUCGAUGGUGGUGGACCACCAGUUGCUCACGACAGAGGAGUACGGAAUCAUCCCCCGGGCGCAUGCCGAGCAGAAAAAUCGUUGGGCGAAGAUUUCAAGACUUCUCAGCGGGCGCACAAAAAAGGCGAUCGAAAACCACUGGAACUCGACGCUCAAGUGGCGGCGGCGAGGCGUGGACGACGCAGGGUUUGAGGAGAUCGGAUAG